AUGUUCAAUCGGAUAGAUGCGAGCAAGUCAACGAAAGGUGCCAGCAAACUCCGAAGGGACCUGAUAAAUGCCGAAAUCGCCAACUUACGUGAUUUACUGCCAUUACCGCCCUCGACCCGCCAGAGACUUUCCCAGCUACAGCUUAUGGCCUUGGUUUGCGUAUUUCUUCGAAAAGCCAAUUACUUUCAACAAGCCUUGAAAAACUGUCCAUCGGACUCUUCGAAUAUCCCGACUCCUAACAUAGGAUUUUCAAAAGCCAUGUCCGGAUUUAUAAUGAUGAUGACCCAGCAAGGAAAACUAUUGUAUAUAUCCGAAAAUGCAGCGGAAUAUCUUGGACAUUCCAUGGAGGAUUUGCUUAUUCACGGAGACAGUGUUUACGAUGUAAUAGACAAACAAGACCAUAUGGUUGUGCAAAAUCAAUUAUCUAGAAAUAGCCCAAUCCCAAGCGACAGAAGAUUGUUUCUUUGUCGAAUUAAUGUCUCCAGAAAUUCUCGAAGACAACUUCGUUUCGGUGAUCAAAAGGUAGUUCUUGUUGAAGGUCAUUUUUUACCUUUCGUUCCUGUAUGCAAUCGAAAUGAGUUUGUUUUCCUUGCUUCGUGUACACCUGUUGUUUUGCCAGAGACUAGAGAGAGUAUUGUACAGGGUGCUACGAAUAUUUUUACUACAAUCCAUUCUAUGGACAUGAAAUAUCUUCACAUUGAUAAAACUGCAGAAAGCCAUUUAGAAUAUAGUCGUAACGAAUUAGUGAACGUGUCGUGGUACAAUUUGCUACACUGGGAUUCUAUACGAACAGCAUAUUGUAAGCAUCAAACUGUUAUUCAGUCUGAUCAAGAACGGUCUGCAACCGCGCUAUUAAGAUUGCAAAGUCGUUCUGGCCGAUGGUUCUGGGUGCAUUGUGUUUUACAAGUGAAAGACACAUCCGAAGAAUGUCAGCAUCCUAUUAUCGUUUGUACAAAUCAAGUUUUAAGUGAUAGAGAAGCAGAAGUUAUGCGCUCAAGUUCCUGGUUGUAUCAGUAUUCCUCACAGACGAAAUUCACCUACACGAUCUGCUCGGGAAAUCAGAAUCGCAGUGUGCCAUAUGCUCCUGGUGGCCAGAAUAAUCAACAACAAGAUUAUACCCGGUCGUUAUCCCACACCCACAAUAACGAUGCCCAGCACUCUCCUACUAUUCGAAAUUCGGAUCAAGAUCUACACGGUUCGUCGAAGACUCAAUUAAAAGAUUAUACGAGAAAUACGCGAGAAGACGCGGAACCAGUGGACAUGUCGAUAAGCAGUGGCGAACAUGAAACUAGAAACGUCCAUGUAAAUGUACAACAUGGCCAUUAUGCGCUCGGUCAAUUCACAGACAGGUACAAAGCACACCACAAAAACUUGACUGGUUAUCGUGCAAAGUUCAUCCAAUGUCACGGUCAAUAUAACAUGGACGCACUGUCGUCGAAAUAUUACAUCACAGACUUAGACAAGGAGUAUUGUUGUAACGAGAGAAACACCCCUCAUAAAAGACUUCAAACCAAGGCAUUACCAGUGGUAACGAUCGCUGGAUCGACAGGUGAUCCUCCUGAUUUGCCCAUGGAACAUUGGAACUCCAGUCCAGUAUGGUCUGAUACUCUGCAAAGGGUACCGGAUGUUGUGCAUCAAGAUCUUAGCCCUUAUGUCGCGACACCAACGACUCCAGUAGAUACUCCGGAUUCCGAGCUGCACACGGAAACGCCGAUUUUUAACUUCGACUGGACAGCCGAGCAGCAUGUGCCCAAUCUAAAAAUCACAUUUCGUAGUUCAAAUCAAGGGCCCAGAAAAGUUCAGGAUGUUCAGCCGAUCACAUUGCAGUUACCACGUAAAAAGGGCCAGUCUAUGAGCGACUCUAAAGACUUUCCUAAAUGAGACUGUGCACUU